AUGAGACCGCCGUUGGCGAAGACUCUGGCUGCUUGCAAGCACCUCGUCCUAACGGACAGGGCUGUACGUCGCUGGAUUGGGUUACCGUUCAGCACUACUAGUAUGUUAGCCAAACGCGGCGGAACUUGUUGUUUCGCACGCAGCAGAUCGAUCGCGACUUCAACGACAUCAAGGGGGGGCAAGGGGGGUGCACCAGAAGACGGCGAGCGCGGCAGCGCGGAAUUUUGGGUCCACGAUAUCGCUGACCUGAACAAGGACAUAUCUGGCUUUGUGGGGGACUUGGGCGAUCCAGACUUCGAUACCACCCCUAGCCCUCCUCCUGCUCGUGCCGUCUCAGGGUCCCGGCGGAAUGCCCAAGCCGAGAGAGAAGACACCCCGGCUGCGUUUCAAGAAUCGCAAACCCGGCUCACGUUGGCUGAUCACCCCGGAAAAGUCGAGGGGCUCGCCGGAGAGCGCGACGAAGAAAUCCCCAUGGAUGAUGACUGGUCCACGUCGUUUGUCAAAGGGUACCUGGAGGCCGUAGAGCGAAAGAGCUCAAGUGGGUCAAGAGCAAGAAGGUCCGUCCUGGUGCUAAACGGACCGGCGUGUUUUAUCGCUGGGACUCUAGCCAGCACCGGAGAACCGCGGGGAGCGGUUGCGAGUUCAAUGGAGGACGCCGCCCAAGAGUUCAACCUAUCGCUGACUGUCUGCACUUCGAACCGAGAAGAUGAGCUGUUGGACCGACUUUGCGAGGGGGGCUACGACGCUGUCGUCUACAACCCCUCCGGGUUCAGCAACCAGGGGUUGCGAGUGGUGGUCCCAACCGCCGCCCCAACUCACCAGAUGAUGACGGACGCAUCUCCUGCAUCAAACAGUUCAGGCAACGCCGCUCACACCGAACCAGCCGAGGACGGUUUCCCACAAUCGCAACAAUCACGGGUUGAUGAUCCGCGACAUAAAACGUGGCAUGACAACGUCCCGCGACACAGCGGGAGCGGGAGCGCCCUAGAGUACGGUCUAGAGCGAGCGGGAUGCCCCGUCGUAAUCAUUUCACCUGGACGAGAUGGAAAUCUGGGGGCAAACAUGCUGCAAUCCACCAGCCGUGGACCUGAUGUGGACCUCGGGUGUCGGUCGGAGCGAGGAGCGGAAGGAAUAAUUGCAGGCUUCUCGGGGGCUGUUUCUUACCGAUUGGCGAUGGCGGCAGUAUCGAGCGUAUUGGAUGGAUUCCGAUAGUACUGCCGUGAUACCUCCCACGCUACCUUCGUAUAGACCUUAGAGGGGCGUCUGCUGCCUGACUAGCAAUGAAGGAGGUGUUGCGCUAAAACCGCACCCGCUUCCCAGUUUUUCCCUCUAAGCCAAGGAUUCUGCGGUUGCGCUUCGUCUUUCACCGGAGGCGGUGUUCGGCAACAUUGAUUUGGUCC